GAAUAGAAAAAUAAGAGAUAAGGAACAGGGAGGGGAAAGAGGAAAAGAGUUGCAGGUCAGCAUCCUCACUUCCGAUUACCGCCGCCAGUAGACUCCUAAGGCGGGCUUCCUGGGCGGUCCUGAGCUAAUGGGAGAGUCAAACACAAUGCCUAAGAAGAAGGAUGCUUCUCCUGACCCAGAGGAGGAACAAGAAGAGCAGGAGGAGGAAUAUUCAGUGGAAAAGAUUCUGGACAAAAGAGUGCGAAAUGGCCGUGUUGAAUACUACCUGAAGUGGAAAGGUUAUGGAGAUGAAGACAACACUUGGGAACCUGAAUCUCAUCUUGAAUGCCCAGAACUUAUAGCUGAAUUUGAGGACAGAAGAAAGAAAGAAGAUGCCAAAAAGAAAGAGGAGAAGAAAAGGAAAGCCCAGACAUCAGAUGACCCAUCUAAAAAGAAAACCAAGAAGGCUGUGGAAGAGGACAGUCGACCCAGGGGGUUUGAUCGUGGACUUGAAGCUGAAAGAAUUAUAGGUGCAACUGACUCAAGUGGAGAGUUGAUGUUCCUGAUGAAAUGGCGAGGGACAGAUGAAGCAGAUUUAGUACCAGCAAGGCAGGCAAAUGUUCGUUGUCCACAAGUUGUCAUCAAAUUCUAUGAAGAGAGGCUCACUUGGCACUCAUCAACCAAUGAUGAGGAAGAAGGCAAUCAUGAGGCUGAUUAGAUUUUUAUUUUUUAAAUGUUAAGACCUCUCUUCUUCCUUUCAGUAGGCAGUUAUACAUGAGGAUCUUAAUGGUGUACUAGUUAGUAUUUAGGAUAUAUGUAGGAGAGCAAAGUACAUGUGUCUUCAUCAAUUUUCUUUAAAAGAAUAGGAGUAGGAUCAUCAUCUAUACCUGGGAGUUCCAGGAGUCAUUUUUAUAUAAAGUCAUGAUGUUGCUUUUCCUUAUUUUUGCAAGUAGAGAUUUUUUGUAAUAGGUCUGAAAAUAUUUUUAUUUUCAAGUGUGGAAUAUAGAUUGUACUACCAUUUCACUUAAGGGUCCAUGUCAUGUGUUUUUUCGGUUUCAGUGAUUGUAAUUGUAGAGUAAUCGAAUCGUGGAUUUUCUAUGAACAUGUGAAUUUUCUUUCCUUUUCCACUUAUAUAGAUGUUGCAAAGUAAAGUUUUAUUUUAUAAUCCUCAUUUUGUCUUUCCUUUUGAAAUCUAUAGUCAUACCAAUCUCACCUGUAAAACAAUGUAAAAUGGUACCAUGUAUAGUUUUUUUGUUUGUUUUGUUAGGGUGAUUAUUUUGAGUUUGUUCCAAAUCAUCAUUACCCAAACAAAUUUGAGUGUAGAAAGCAUGUUUGUUUCUCUUGGUGCUCUGCUUUCCUGUUUUAAAAUUCCCUCCUCUUCAAUUAAGGAGAAACAUCUGGCUAACUAAAGGAAAUGAGUCCCACAAAAAGUAGGUGGCACUGAAACAAGUAUGUGUAAAAGUACCUCUCUAUAGAGAUGUUACUUAGAUGGAGAUCUGUUUUAUAUUAAUAAUCAAUGGAGCUUACUAGGCCAGAGAGUUAUUUUCAGUGGAAAUGUCCUGGAAAUGUAACUUUAUUAUGUACGACAUCUAAGGGAAGUGUAUGACUUAACAAAGGAUUUGUGCAUUGAGCAUUUUAUAUAAAGUCCAUUAUUUCCAUUUCAUUGUACUUUAUUUCUCUUUUUUUUUACAUGUUUUAAUUUAUUUUAUUUUUAUAUAUAUAUAUUUUUUUUUACAUAAGGAAGAGUCUGCUAGAGUAACCGUCCUCUCCAUCGACACGUUACAUCUAUUAUGGAGAGGUUCUAGUGUUUUAGUCCCCUUGUAACCACAGUACAAAAGUGGUUCUCUAGUUGACAUUAUUAGUUUAUUGCUUGGAAAUAAAGUAGUUAGUCUCUU